AAAUGGUGGGCGAGUUGUGAGCGGAUCAGACGACGGGACGGCAAGAGUGGGAUGUGGAGAGCGGCGAACCAGUCGAAGGUCUGAAUCCAAUCAAGACAGGACACAGACGUGUGCAUGCGGUAAGAUACUCACCCGAGGCAUCGAUGAUUGCGACAGGAGGUUGGGACAAAAAUGGAAUAAAAAUCUGGGACGCGAAGACGGGCGAGCUGCUGUCGACGAUCAAACUCGAUUGGACAGUUUGGAGCUUAACCUGGACAUCGGAUGAAAAGAAGCUUAUUGCCGGGUUUGGGGGGGGUGAAUACUCGAUUGGGAUAUUCGACACUACCACAUGGCAGCAAAUCGCCGUUCUGGAGGGUCACACAAUUGUUGUCUACUCCCUCACUUUAUUUCCCAACGACCGCCUCCUUGCGAGUACAUCUUGGGAUAAGACAGCGCGUCUCUGGAAUCUUGACACAAACCUCCAAAUCGGGCCACCUCUUCAACACAAACAUGACGUCGAGUGUGCGGCCUUUUCCGCUGAUGGAAAGCUGCUAUCCACUGCAGGUCGGAGCGAUAAAAACGCGUACAUGUGGGACAUCCAAGACAUCCUCAAAACAGCUGACCUAGAAGAUCUCCUGUCCAUACCUGAUGCACAAAAAUCUGGACUCAAAAACAAGCUAUCAGAUGCUAAUGCUACGCGACGUCCGCCUAUCCGUCCAGCCCCACGUCGAGUGCCACAAGGCUUUUUCGAUAAUGUGCAAGACAGCAGUCCUUCCUCCACUACCCAUCCUGAUCCAUCUCUCCAUCGCCUCCGCAAUGCGUUUGCACUCUCCUGGGGAUCACGUCCACGUGCGCUCCUCGCUAGCCUUCCCUCACUCUUCCACCGUUCCCAACCAAACACCGAUGAACAUGUCGAACUCCAGCAACGCAUAGAACCUAGUACUUCCUCUCGCCGCAGCCCUCCUGUUGUCGACGUCCCUGCACUAGAUGACAAGAAGGCACUGUAUGUUUCUCGGCCGCGGGAACGAGCUAGCGACAAAGCAAAACGCGUCGAUAACUCCAAAUGGUGGGCUCGUGUUGUGCUGUUCCUCUGCUGUGCGUCUCCGUCCAACGACGCCGGUCACUGAUAGUGUUAGAACAUGAACGGUCACAUUCAUAUUGAUAU